AUGGUGAAAGACCAGCAGGAGCUCACCCAGACCACCCAAUCAUCUGACAUGGUAUCUGGAACCUCCCUGCUCACCACUGGACAGGUUUCUGAGAAAAGGAUCUGGUCUGUUGCUCGUAACAUCUACUACAGUCUGCAAAGUAAGAUUACGGAGUUUCUCAGAAAAGAUCUUCAAAGAUCAGACACAACACUUGGUUCAAUCCAAAUCUUUACAUAUCAAAGCAGUCCUGCAUCACAAAGAGCAAGUCUCGGCCAUCUUGAGGUCAACCAGAGCAGUGUUACACCUGGUGGAAACGAUGCCUGUGUGGACAUUCCGCACAAAUUACUACCUAAAACCACUGAGCUCUCAGGAUCCAUGCUGGAGGAUAUUGACACGAUCCGUUGUAGGAGUGCUGACAGCCAAAAUACAAGAAAUACCUCUUCUUCACGCUCCUCCAUCUCUCUAACACCUACUUCAAAAUUAAGGCAGUCGAAAUGGCACUUUGCCUUACCCGGGACUCCCAUCCCCACUGAGUUUCCUGCUCAGAUUGACUUUCCCAUUGUUAGAAACACAAUCAUUGAGGACUUCUUUCACACAGAGGACUUACUUCCUGUAACCUUUGUGGACAAAGUCAGGCAAGCUGCUGGGGUGGUAGUGGACAUUAUGGUGGAAAGUGUUGAGAACACACAGGAAGAUGGACAGGGUGCUUCACAUCUUGACGACCUCCGAUCUGCUGUUAGGAAAUUGAGAAAAAUCAUUUCCACUUGGACCAUCCACAUUUUCAGCCAUGAAUUGGUGGAUAAAGUGAUAGCCCUUCAGGACAGCCACAGCACUCCACAGGUCUUAACAUUGGAAGCAGCCAAAAGUGCUUCAGACUCCAUUCUUUCAAGGCUGAAAUGGGGAAAGGAACAAUGUGCCAUAUCCAAGGAGCUCUCCUCUCAGCUUCUCCAGAUAUUUGCUGAAGAGACAGUGAAGGGCUUCCUGAGACAGUGGUCAGAUGAGUAUGAAAAUAUAAACUUUGAUGUUUCAGUCCAGAACGAUCCAAAGACUUCUACUUGCAUGGUCAUUCUUCAAAUGAUCACCAAAGCCACUGCUAAAUGUUAUUUUGAGUCCGCUACCAGCGUGGCCACCAGUGACAUUGUAGAAGGCGUGUUUGAUUUGGAAAGGGAUACCAUCAGCAGUACUGGAGAGCAGGUCCUCACCUUUAACACAAAGGGUUCCAAGAAAGUUAGUAAGAACCUCUGUCCUCAAGAGUCUCUGGAGUACCAGCCUCAGAACAUUUCCCCUACUGUGUACUUUACAGAGACGAUGACAACAUCUCAUGGCUCCUUUUCUCCAGAGGGAAUUUAUGAUAUCGCAUCGUCCUUCCCACUUGAAGAGAAGAGUCGCAAACCCUCCCUUUUCACCAGAUUGUCUAGAUCCAUCACGAAAGGCUUUCUCAGCCCAUUCAAAUCUUCAAGGAAAACCAAAUUAUUUAAUUAA